CCACUUAACCUACUUUUUUUAUUAGGUGAAAAGUUUUAGAUUUAGGUUAAUAUUAGCUGAAUUACGUUAUUUUUUUUGGAGUAUUUAUAUCAGAAAAUGCGACCAGUGUUUGCAUUUCUGUUGCUGUCGCUUCUGUGCGCCUGUCAACUGAACAACGCGAACCUUAGCCCCGACGCCGAAGAUGAAACUGACAAUGAUUUUGCGGAGUUCGACGAUGACUUUGUGGAAGCUAGCUACGACACAGAGACCGCAGAGAAUGCCGACUCAUCCAGGGGUGCGGGCGGAGACAGCUUUAGCAGGGAACGCUUGGAAGUGCCCAAGAAAUACACAGUCAACAGCGACGAGGAGGAGGACGGGCUCGUUGAGAAUGACGACGAGUUUGAGCACUUCCAGGAUGAAGAGGAGUUUGAGGGUUACGACGCUGGCGACACCAUGGAACCGCCCAUUGAUCAGAAGACCGAGCCCAAGCUGAAGAUACCGAAUAUACCAUUACAUUUCCGCACUCACUGGGACUCCUAUUGGAUGGAAAUGCUUAUGGUGGCCGGCCUCUUGGCCUACUUUGCCAACUUUUUCGCGGGCAAGACAAAGAAUGCUCGUUUGGCUCAGCUCUGGUUUAGCACACACAAAGCACUGCUCGACGAGAACUUUGCCCUGGUCGGCGACGAUGGCAAGGUUGAGAACGAGAAUCCGGGUCUGAUCAAGGAGAGCGAGAGCCUGUACACUCUUUGGUGCUCCGGUCGCACCUGCUGCGAGGGCAUGUUGGUGGAGCUGAAAAUGAUUAAGCGACAGGAUUUGGUUUCGCUUGUCGCUGGUCUGAUGCGACCCCAGUUGGAUCAGGCGCACAUCAAAAUCGAAUUGACACGUGGCCUAAUGGAUUCAUUCGUAUUUGCAGUCGGUAGCAAAAAGACCAUAUCCAAGGUGUUCAAGGAGUACACAGAUUUGACCAAGUUUUGUAGUUUAGUUGCCAAGCCGGAGGAUCGCUACAAUGUGCCCAGCGGCUUUGGCGUCCUUUCGGAAAUACCGGAAGCCACAUCCGCCAUACUCGAGUCACGUGUUAUUACCGCACUUAACAAAUACCAAAGCUAUAUCGAUUACCUGCACAUCUCGGAUCAAUUCAGCGGCCAGGUCCAGCAGGAGGAGGGCAGUACGCUGAAGCAGCCGGAGACAAGGCCUGUGCUGCUGGCCGGUUUCAAUCUGCCAAAACAUGCCGAAAUGGAGACCAUAAAACCCUUGUUAUUGUUGAUCUUUUAUCUAAUGGAACGCUUGAAGACCUAUCGCAUGUCCAAGGAGGCCAAAGCUAAGGCGGACAAGAAUCGUCUACGCGUCGAGGAGGAGUUCCUGAAGAGCACUCAUGCCGCACGUGCCGAGGCAGCCGCUCAGCGUCGCGAGGAUAAGCGCAAACAGGAGAAGGAGCGCGUGCUCGCCGAGGAAGAUCCCGAGAAGCAACGCCGCUGGGAACUCAAGGAACAGAAGCGUCAGGCCAAAAAGAACGCGCCCAAAAUGAAGCGCCUGGCAGUCAAAUCGCUUUAAAAAUUAUUGCGCCCUGUUGUGCCAUCUAUUUGUGCUCGCUCGUCCCCACAACUAUUAGCGGUUAUUCCUCAAAUGCCACAUCAAAGCAAUAAAGUAUUUGUGUUUCCUAUUGAGCGCCAAAAAA